ACUUGACUCAACCAAUGAAUCAAUCGUUUAUUGUCUUAUCUUUUACUAAGAAAUUACUCAUUUGAGCUCUGUAUUAUCGACAGUCAGUGAGGUCGAUAUGGAGUGGCAGCUAACUUGACAGCUGCAUAUGAUUUGACAGUUCAAACUGUUCUCAACAAUAGGCGUUUGGAUGUGUUCAUGUUUUUUUUUUCAUUUUCUCGUGUGGUGUAUUUGCAUUUCUGUUGUGAACUACUCUGAAAGUCAUCAAACGUAUAGAAUUAGAGAGAUGGAAUGAACGUGUGGUGUUCUACAACAAAGACAAAAUCGUAUAGUCAUUACAAUACGUCAUAGUUGUGUGUGUGUGUGUGUAAUUAGAGCCAGUAGAAGGGAGCACAAUAUUUUGUUGUUGAGUUUUGUUGUUUCUUUGGUCGUUCGUUUUUUCUACUGCUAUUCUUUGCAAUGUCAAAUGAAUUUUUACUUGCAUUGAGAUUAUUCGAAAUCACACAUUGAUUCAUUGGAAAAAAAAAGAACUGAAUUCAAUCAAACGCUCAAGUGUGACGACGUUUUUUUUUCUAUUAAUAAUUAUUUUUCCAUACUAAUUGUGUCAAGUAGUUUUGUGUCAAGAAAUGAGCAAACGUUAAUCAAAGUCACCAGAAAACAAAGCAAAUAAAAAAUUCAAACAAACAGAGGAGGAAAAAACACACAAGAAGACGGGAAACCACUAAAGGAAAUUUGCCGUGAGAAUACACAAAAAUGACUGCAAUUACUGAUACGAGAAAACGGUCUCGUGAUGAGGACACUUGUGAUUUUAUGCCGAUUUCAAAACGAAUCAAUAAUCUCACACUGACCAGCCAAAGUUUAGGCGAACAAGAUGCACCAAUUGCUCACAAUGGCAAUGGCAAUGGUGCAGCAGCAGCAGCAAGCAAUCAUCAUUUCAUGGCCAUAAGCAAUCAGGAAAUCCAGUUACAGCAUCACGCACAACAUUCACUGGUGAAUAGCUACCCGAAUGGAAUGUCCCAUCAUUAUCUGAACCAACACGGGCAGCCAGCACACAUUUCAAACUAUCACCAAAACCACAGCGUACAGUCAAAUCAUUCCAACGGGUUUCACAGCAAUGGCCAUUCAGCACUAGGGACCAAUGCACACAAGCACAACCACAACCAACAUCACCAUCAUCAACAACAGCAGCCACCGCCGCCACAGCAGCAACAUCAGCAGCAACAGCAAUUGCAUCAUCAAAACCAUGCCGAACCAAACAACAAUCAAAUGGAAGAAGUCUAUCGUCCCGAACUCACGGCCGACGAAAACCCAUUCUACUACGAUAAGAAUAAGCUGUUGUUCGAUUUGCAUGUCGAAAGAGAACGUCGCCAUCAGAGCCAUCAUUGAUUGUGAUGCUGUUGUGAUGCUAUUACCUACCUAACGCCCGUUCAUUGUUCUAAGACAGAGAAAGAAAGAAAAAAGAAAGUAAUCAUAGUGUAUAGUUGUCUUCUAUCGUUAAUUCAACGUUUUCCCUCCUCCUCAAGAAAAGCACUCAUCUAUUUCUAAUAGACGAUAUAAACUGAUUUUUUGGAUUCAUUCAUCAAGAGUAGUAUCAAAACAAUUACACUUGAUACGACAUGAUAUUUCGUCAAAAGAAAAGUAGAAAAAACAAAAACAUUAAAUACUUGAUUGCCACUCAAACUCCAGCAAAUUCAUAACAUUUUUACAAAAUCGGUUCUAUUUUUGUACAUUUUGAUGUGAUGCAAAACCAGAAAAUUCUAUGAAAACUAUAGCUGAUUUUUGUGAUAUUUUGCCAAGUCGUUGUACUCGAAUGAAUGUGAAAAAAGGGAUGAGAGAAUGCGCGCACGAAAAGAAAAAAAUAGUGAAAUAGUCAUUUUUUUAAAAAUGAUAUUCACAUUAAGUUGAAUGAAACAAAUAGAGAGAAAAUAAGAGAAAACGAUUGCUUUUGCGAUUUUUGUAAGAAUUAAUAUGCAUUUUUGUGAUUAGGCCAUCGUUUAAUAUGGGGACUUAAUCAUAAGUUUCUAUUCGAUGUGUGGUUUAAUUCAAGUCAAAAUGGUUGACAUUUGUCAAUUGAUCUUGACAUCAAUCAAAUCUUUUCGAAUCACUCAAAAAACACACCACACACAAAAAUUAUACUCUCGAAAAAAAUUAUGAUAAAAUUUGCUUUAUUUUUUUUUAAAAAAACAAACACAACUACAGAGAAUUCAAAACGAAAAAAAAAAAAAUUAUUGUUAGCGUUAGGAUUUAAAUUUGUUUCGGUAAUGUUAUGUUUUGUGUGUGCAGUUUCUAUUCUUAUCAAACCACUUCAUUUCAAGCACUGUCUACGUACUCGAUACAAAAUGUGUUAAUUUGUUCGAUAUAAACUAUUGCGUGUCACUUUGAAAGUGCAAUUUCAUCAUCAAUAAGCAUUAUAAAUAUCGAAUAGUUCAAAAUGACCGAUAAGCUUGGGAGCAAUUACAAGAACUAUUGCAAACAAUCCAGUUUAUUUCAGCUACUCAACGACAACGACAAACUGUUGUGAAAUUAUUGAGCAGAAAAAUAAAUUCCAUCAUAAAAUCUUUAGCUUUAUUUUAUUUGUUCAACAAAUCAACACAUUUUGUGAUCCUAAAAACGUUCAACUAAAUUCAUAUUUCCGAUUCAGAUGUAUCAAAUUUACAGGAUCUUGCAUAAAUUCCGGCAAAAAAUUUGUAAAAAAAUUGAGAAAAAUGAAUCAAGAUUCAAAAAAAAAAACUUCAUAUUUCAAUAUCUUGGAUGUUCAUACUAAAAUAAAAAAAAAUUCCCACAUUGUUAAAAGAAAACACACAGCAAAAAUUGAGAAAGAUUUUAGUUUGUUGAAUAAAAAUAAUUGAUACCAAGAAAA